GUCCCACCGCCCUCCCCCGCAGCCGGAGGACCUGAUGAACAUGCAGCACUGCAACCUCCUCUGCCUGCCCGAGAACUAUCAGAUGAAAUACUACUUCUACCACGGCCUCUCCUGGCCCCAGCUCUCUUACAUUGCUGAGGAUGAGAAUGGGAAGAUUGUGGGGUACGUCCUGGCCAAAAUGGAAGAGGACCCAGAUGAUGUGCCCCACGGACAUAUCACCUCACUGGCUGUGAAGCGUUCCCACCGGCGCCUUGGCCUGGCUCAGAAGCUGAUGGACCAGGCCUCCCGAGCCAUGAUAGAGAACUUCAAUGCCAAAUACGUCUCUCUGCAUGUCAGGAAGAGUAACCGGGCCGCCCUGCACCUCUAUUCCAACACCCUCAACUUUCAAAUCAGUGAAGUGGAGCCCAAAUACUAUGCGGAUGGGGAAGAUGCGUAUGCGAUGAAGCGGGACCUCACCCAGAUGGCCGAUGAGCUGAGGCGGCACCUAGAGCUGAAGGAAAAAGGCAGACACGUGGUGCUGGGUGCCAUCGAGAACAAGGUGGAGAGCAAAGGCAAUUCGCUUCCGAGUGCAGGGGAAGCGUGUCGUGAGGAGAAGAGUCUGGCUGCGGAGGAUAGUGGUGGGGACAGCAAGGACCUCAGCGAGGUCAGCGAGACCACAGAGAGCACUGACGUCAAGGACAGCUCGGAGGCCUCUGAUUCAGCCUCCUAGAGCUGCCCCAUCCCGUCCUCACCCCACGAGCUUUCACAAUAAACUUCACCUCGUGGCCUGGGGGA